AUGACAGAAGCUUCAACUACAACAGCAACUGCAACUACAACAGAAGCUGAUACCACAAUCGAAGCUGCAAGCAAAACAGAAGCUGCAACCACAACAGAAGCUGCAACUACAAGAAAACCUGCUACCAUAACAAAAGCUGCAACCACAACAGAAGCUGAAACAGAAGCUGCAACUACAACAGAACUUGUAACCACAACAGAACCUUCUGGUACCACAACAGAAGCUGCACUUACAACUGAAGUUGCAACUACUACAGAAGCUGCAACUACAACAGUAGCGACCACCACAACAGAAGCGGUAACAACAGAAGCUGGAACAACAAUGGAAGCUACAACCACAACAGAAGCUGCAACCACAACUGAAACUGCUGCCACAACUUUAGCUGGAACCACAGGAGAAGAUACAACCACAACUGAAACUGCAACCAGAACAGAAACUGCAACCAUGACAGAAGCUGCAACCACCACAGAAGCUGCAACCACAGGAGAAGAUACAACCACAACUGAAACUGCAACCAGAACAGAAACUGCAACCACGACAGAAGCUGCUACCACAACAGAACCUGCAACCACAACAGAACCUGCAACCAUAAUAAAAACAGAAGCUCUAACCACAACAGAAGCUGCAACCACAACAGAAGCUGCAACCACAACAGAAGAAGCUACCACAACAGAAGGUUCAACCACAACAGAAGCUGCUACCACAACAGAAGCUGCAACUGCAACAGCUGCAACCACAAAUGAAAUUGCUUCCACAACUUUAGUUGGAACCACAGUAGAAGCUACAACCACAACUGAAGCUGCAACAAGAACAGAAAUUGCAACCACGACAGAAGCUGCUACAACAACAGAACCUGAAACCACGACAGAAGCUGCUACAACAACAGAACCUGCAACGACAACAGAACCUGCAACCACAAUAGAAGCUGCAACCACAACAGAACUGCAACCACAGCAGAUGCUGCAACCACAACUGAAGCUGCAAGCAGAACAGAAGCUGCAACCAUGA